GAAGCUUUCGAACGGCUAACGGCGAACGACGGCGACGCGAAGGCGAAUCGAAGGAGACAACGAAUCGAAGGUGAAUCGAAGGCUAAUCGAAGGAGACACUACACAUCCAGGUGUGGUGUGUAUUAUUCAUGGAUGAUAGAUUGGAGGUGGUGGUACAUCAUGGGGGGUGGUUUGAAGAGUUUGAUCACAAUGGGUAUGUUGGAGCAGAUGUAAGUUGGUUUGUUGAUGAAGAUUAUUUUUCGUAUUUUGAGUUUGUUGGAGAGAUUAAGAAGAAAUUGAAAUACCCAAGUAUAGACACAAUGUGGUUUUAUGACCCACAAGAUGUAAAUGAGUUGGUUUUGUUGGAGGAUGAUAUGGAUGCAAAUAGAAUGAAAAAUAUAGCACGAAUGGAUGGAAGAGUCCACCUGUAUCUUAUGCAUCCAAUGGCUGAGCCUGAAUUCAUUGAAGCGAUUGAAUAUGGGCCUAUUGAGGGGGUAAAUGAAAAUGGGCCUGCUGAGGGAGUAAAUGAAAAUGGGCCUGCUGAGGGAGUAAAAGAAAAUGGGUCUGUUGAGGGAGUAAAUGAAUAUGGUCCAACUGAUGACUUAAAUGAUAAUGGGCCAAGUGAGGGAGUCAAUGAAACUGGCCCAACUGGCCCUACUGAGGGAGAUAAGGUUGGCCCAACUGCUGAAAAAGGGAAAGGUGUGAGAAUUGAUGAUGAUGUUAUUGAUGAUUUAUUAAAUGAAGUUGAGUAUGAUGAAGACAGUGAAGAUAGUGCCCUGGGAAUACACUUUGAUGAUCCAGAAGAAGAUUGUUUGCUUGAAGAUAACUUUGACACUGUUGCGGAUGAGACUGUUGUGGAUGAGACUGUUGUGGAGGAAAAUGUUGUUGAUGAACCUGUGACAAAGGGAAAGGGAAAGAAAGGUAAGAAAGUGAGGCAAGAGUGUAAUGUUAGCAAACCAACAAGCAAGAAGGGAAGACCAAAAAAGAAGAAUAAUAACUCUAAUAUAUAUACUGUUGUUCAAGGUGCACAACAAACUGCACAAGGUGAUGAGUUAUUUGAAGAAGAUGUUGGGAAUAUUGACAAGAGUAAAUAUAAAGCCUUUGUUGGAGGAUUGAGUGAUAUUGAGGAUUAUAAUAGUGAGGAGCUAGAUAGUGGAAGUGAUAGUGACAUUGAGAAUGAAGUUGAGGAUAGUGAGGAUGAAGAUGAGCAUGACACAGAAUGGCCUAGUAAUUACAAAUUGCCAACCUUUAAGAUGCCAUCAUCAAUGAGAGAUUAUAAGUGGGAGUCUGGAAUGUACUUUGCUUGUAAACAAGAGUUUCAAGAAGCAAUAAGAUGUUAUGCAAUCCAGUCUCAAAGAGCUAUUAAAUAUAAGAAGAAUGACAAGAAGAGGAUAAGGUUGAUUUGUAAAAGUGGUUGUGUAUGGAAUGCUUACUGUUCACAUAUGCCAGGGCAAGAAACUUGGCAAUUGAUGUUUGUUAAAGAUGAGCAUAAGUGUAAUAGGGAACCUAAGGUCAAAAUGCUUAGUGCCAAAUGGUUGGGAAAAAGAUUACAUAAGAGGGUUAAAGAGAAUCCCAAUUUGAAAUUGAUUGAUAUUAUGGAGAAAACACAACAAAAAUGGAAUUUAAAGAUAUCUAAGAACAAAGCAUCUAAAGCCAGGGGUAUUGCUUUUGAUUUAGUAGAUGGGUCAUUUAGAGAACAAUACACUAGGUUUUAUGACUACUCCCAUGAGUUACUAAGAUCAAACCGUGGUUCAACAGUUAUAGUCACUACUACACCAUUUCAAGGUGAUGAGGCUGACUUGGAACAUCCUGAAAGGCCUUUGUGUCCACAUUUCCAAAGGGCUUACAUUUGUUUCAAGGGAUGUAAGGAAAGUUUUUUAAUUUGUAGGCCAAUAAUUGGUUUAGAUGGGGCAUUUCUUAAAGGAUAUUAUGGUGGUCAGUGAUACACCUAAAAAUAUGCUAUUUAUUUAGUUAAUUUACUAUUAUAUUUUAUAUGUUUUUAUUUCGAUUCCGAAGUUUUAUUAUAUAAAUAGUUACUUAUUUCUCAUAUUUUAAAUAAACAGAUAAAAAGUGUACGAGUUGAAGAAAGGAGCGAAAACGGACCGAAAAGGAGCAAGAAUGGACAAAAAUGGGCCACACAAGUGCAGCCAAGCCACACAAGUGCAGCCCAAGCCACGAGCCAGCCAAGCCCACAAGGAAAACAAAUGGCGCCCGCCAGCUUGCACCAAGUGGCCCUCGCCACUUCCUUCUCAUCAUGGCCGUCCAUCAUAUCAAACGGUGACGCGCUAUUCAGCUAAAAGUUCCACAUCGGCCAGAUUCUGUCUUUUCCUCCUUGUAUUUUAGUAUAAAUAGGCUAGUUCUCUUCACUCAAAAACAUAACACUUGACUUGGAGAAUUGAGAACUAGGCUUAGUACCACAAGGUUUUCUUCUCUAAAGUUGAGAGUUUAGUAUUAUUUUAUUCUCCGUUGAGAAUAAAAUAAGUUUUUUUUAUUUCCUGCCGUUACGCUGUCGGAGUCCGUACUCGAGAUUCCUUUUGUUAUUUCAGG